UCUUGCCCUAAGAUGGCGGCGGUGAUGGCUGCCCGCUGCUAGGGUCUCGGACCGUUUGGAACUGGAAGCAGGAGUUUCCUCACACCUAUUGAGUCCUGAACACCUUCGUUGUCCGCGCCAAGCCUCUGUCCCGGAAUUACAAACAGAGGUCCACCACGCAGGACUGGAUUUGGUGUCAUAUCCAAAAACCAAUCACCAAGCUUGAGGUCACACUAAGUGUGAAGGUGGCUCUAAGUUCCAGAAGACUGUGAGAGAUUUCAUUCUGCCUCUCCUGUCCAGGUGCCUGCCUAAAACUCAACUCAUUUCAGGAGUGUUCCCAAUCUAUUUGAUAGCAGAAGAACAGAUAGCAUUUUACAGACAUAACUUUGAUCUUCUCAUCCAUCUUGGCUCUAUCAUAGAGAUUUUCAGGAGAUACAAGUAAACUACCCGUGUUCCUUUGUUCUCAAAUUCCCUAACAAAAGAUAAAGACCAUGAGAAAUUCAAAGGUCUGCUUUGCUGUUUUCUCUUGGCUGUGACAUUCUGAUGGUCAUUAUAAUAACAGUUUACCACUAGUACAAACAAAAGUACUAUUUGUAUAUUUUGUGAGAGGUUCACCAAUACCAUCCAAAAGUUCUGAUCUUCUGUACUUGAUCACCCUCAUAUUUAUGUCAACAUCUUCACUUCUCAUCUAAACCAACGAAAGAACAGUUGUUGAUCUCCCACAAUCUACUGUCAUCACGACCUCAUUCGCUACAGCCUUUAGUAAUACUUUAUCUGAGAGAAUUUAAGCAUGCAGACUGUGUCAGUUCCCGCACUGGUUGCUGGGCUUAUUGAUUGUAUAGCCCAGUUAACAAGAAUUGCUGAAGAGAUUUUACACUUUAUUUCACAAGGGCAGCCAUUUCCUUGUGUAGAGCAGGAUAACAGAGAAGAACAGGCAGAAGCAGAGGAGGCUCCUCCAGAGGAAGCCCCACUACCAGAUCUUGCUAAUUUCUCUGACUUAGAAUCAAUACUUUCACUAAGAGAAGAUGAUGAGCUAGUCCUUGAUGUAGAUCAAGCUUUGUUAGAUAUAGGUGAUUUAAAUGAGGAUUUACUGCCUGAUAUCAACAAUAAUACAAUAAGGGAUUAAGUCCCAGGUUUUCCUCACCAACAUGUGAAAACCGAUCAUUUCUGUUUCGAACAUAUUCUAAUUUUUUUGGACAUUAGCUGCACAUUUUCAUUGUUAAAACUUUUAGAACAAGUAAGAUUUAUUUUUCUUCCAACAAAGACUGGUUUCUUUGUUGUUAUUCAGAAAGUUCUGACUUUAGCGAUGUGGUUUUUCCAUUACUUUUUCUCCUGUUCUUCUGUUAGGAUUUCUGAUGAUAGGCACACAUAAUAGCAAAGAAAAGAAUCUCUUUCAACUUAACAAUGGACUGAAACCUUGGGGCCUGUCACAUCUGGGGACCCAAUUUCACUGUUCUACAGUGAAAAACAAAAAGGGAAUAACCCCCAGAUGAUAUUAUAGUGACUAUCUUCACAUUAACAGGACAAUUCUAGGAUAUUUGAAUUUGAAAAUAUAUAAUCCCUUACUGGAUCUUUAAGAGAAGAUUUGUCAAACAGGAUGCAAUAGUAGACUAAGGGGGAUAAUUCUGAAAGAGUAGCAUCUACCAGAUAAUAAAAGUAAAGAAGGCUAUUCAGAUAAAUGUUGCAAAGGAGAAACCCUUGAAAAAGCUGGAGCUAAGAGGUGCCAAUGUAGGACUAUCCCCACAAAUGCUGGACCACAUUGCAACUACUUUGCAGUAUUGUUUUCCAAAUAGAAAUGGCACAUUAUACCAAAUAACAAAAGAGAAGUACUAGCCUGCCUAGACAAAGCCCUACAAAGACUAUUCAGCAGUGGAAGAUGAACACCUAUCACAGAAGAGUAGAGAUGAUGGUCCACAAAGGAGAGUGAAUAGAGUCUUGUUGCAUGUAACUGAAUUUAAAAAGAAUACUUGAUAGGCUUGCUACAGUAGACAUGCUACAGCUUCAACCUAACUAUAUAUACCAGGAGCUGAAAAUGCAGUAGUUCGAGGACUCCCGCAUCAAAACAGGGAACAAAUGUGAAGGAAAUUCACUGAUUAUACUAAUUCCACACCAAAGAGUCCAUUUCACUUCUAAUUGGAAAAAUAGCUAUCCUUCAGACAGGCCCAUGGACAUUAUGGCCUGCCUUUCUAGAGACUGGUCUUUGCAUCUCAUGGCGUGGCUAACAAACUAAGUAAAUACAUAAAGUCAUACCAUUGGCAGUGCAGUGUGUAUAGAUUGUGAGGAAGUGAUAUGUAGAAGGCAAUCCACCCUGGUGUUAACCAGACCACACUGAUUAUAUUAUAUAGAGUCCUAGAGCAUAUUACCGUCAAAAGGAUUACAAUGGCAUUUAAUACAGAUGAUUUCAGGGCUAACCACAUGACAGGCUGCAUCUAAUAUAAAGUGAGGUCUGCAUACAUAGACAGUGAGCUACCUUUAAAGAUAAGUGCAGGAAUCUAGAAUAUGUAAUCAGGUCUUAUUUGGAUGAGCAGUAGUACGUGAAAUUUGAGUCAGUUUGGACAGUGACUUCCAGUGAUUUAACAAAUUUAGUAAAGUGAUAGUUAAACCCAGAAAAGCUACUAUAGAUCCUUUACAAAAAUUAGAACCUAUAGAGCCUAUUUAACAUAUUAGUAUGAACGACUUCUAGCUGUGUGGAAAGAAUGAUGAGAGUAGAUAGGGAUGGGAGAGAUUUGGAGGGGAAACAAAAGCCACGAAUGGGGAAAAUAAAACUUCCUCCCUUAAACAAUAGCUGUGAGUGUGAGUGGUUACAACCCAUAUUAGGCAGCAGAGUGUGAAACUUUGCUGCUACAAUAACUGAACAAAGUGAACCUUACUUUGCCAGUGUAUGGGGGUCUGUAGAUAACAUAGUUGUGUUCAAAAUGGCAUAUAAUUUUUGCACUGAAAAAGUAUUGUGACAAAGCCUAAAUAGAAUAGUGAGAAAACAAAAAGAAUCAACUUAGCCCUCCAUCCCAAUAGGAAUAGUUUACAAAGAUUACUGAUAGCAGUUAACAAGGAAAUCUAUACACUUAAUGAUAAUUUAGCAUCCUUACACUGAUUAAAUGUAACAAAGGUCCUGAUAAGAGUUGAAAAGAUAGAAUCUAUGCUUUAAUUAAAGCCUUAGGAGAGCCAAGGAAGAUAGAUACUCUCCAUAGGGAAUUUGGGCUUUAGGAAAUUGGUCUUUAAUUUGUCUCAAAAUAAAAUUUAAAGCAUAAAUACCUGGACAAGAUCAGGAAACAUCCAAAGAGAGACCACUAGUCUGCUAUAAAUUCUAUUUGGUGAGCAAUUUAGCUGAAAAAGACAUGUUGCUCUUCACAGAAGGAUAGCUAUCUUUCCAAGCAGAACUCUAGAAUGUGGUGUUCCUCAAAUAUGUUAGAUACUGAAGCGUAGCUCUGUCCAAGUAGAACUCUAGACAAUGGACUUUACUGAGACUGUCAAAAGUCUUAGGGUCUUAUGAUAAAACAUAAGCAGCUCUACUCACUCAAGCAGGUCAUUAAAGUAACAUUAGGAGAAAUGUGAAUCGCUACUCCAGAUCUUGAAAGAAGACUUGAACCAGCCUGCAAAACAGCUGCCAAUAUAGUCCUUAAGAGUCAAAGCAGGAAGAUGCUACCGUUUCAUUGUAUGUGGAUCUGGCCAGCCUCUUCUAUACCAGGAUUCCUGGAAAGGCUGCACUGUAAUGGCCGCUUGGGACUAGACACGCUUCAGUGUUUGUUUUGACUGUAAUUAUAUGUGUUUAAGAAUUGUUAAGAUAUAAUCCUACUCCAUUUGGAUUGUUUUAUUAAUAUUUGCUGUGUGAAACAAUUAGAAAUAGGUAAUAGUGAUAAGAAGUAAGUUUAUAAAAUAAAAUACUUAGGGAUAAGAGCUGGGGGGGUGUUUUUAGUAGAGAGUAGAACAUUAAUAAAUUUUUGAAAGUUAUGCAACCAUUUAGGGUAGAAAGCCAUUAUACAGGGUUUGUUCCUAAGCAGGUUUAUGAACCAGCCUGCUUUUGUCUUAAUGCAAAUUAACUAACCCUUAGGCACUGAUAUAAAUCUAAAUACUCAUUAGAAGAAGAAGUGUUAACUAACUUAGCCCCCUGAUUGAAUGCUGCUGAUCGAAAUCUUGAAUCUCCUCCAGGAGAAUGGAGAGAGUAGCUUGUCCUUUAUCCAAACUAGCCCUUUUCUAGAUUUUGAGAUUAGAUGCCAAAGCCAGUUCCUAUAUGGAAUGGAAGAACCAAGAGGUAGAGGGGCUUAUCCUUCUGAGACAAGCUUAAAGGUUUUAAACUCAAGGGGAAUAAGAUGGUAGAUGGCAGUUAGGGAGUAGCACAAGUCUUCAUUCGUAUGCACUUUGCCUACAUACUUGUGUCCUUAUAUGUGAUGAUUAUUUCCAGUUAUUAGAUUAUAAUUGCUUAUGGUCCUUAUUAAAUGUUGAUCCAAACCCUUUUACUGUUUUAAGAGGUUUUAACUAAUAAAAUUUCAUUGC